AUGUCUGCUAUCGACGAAGUCCGUUACGGUGGCAUCCAGGCCGAUGACUCCGGAGAUGACGCUGCCCGUAAAGCCCAAGAACGUGAGGCCAAGAAGGCUGAAGUUCGUAAGCGCUUGGAAGAAGCUGGAAACAAGAAGAAGUCCAAGAAAGGUUUCUUGACUCCAGAAAGAAAGAAGAAGCUCAGAAAGCUUCUUAUGAUCAAGGCUGCUGAAGAUCUUAAGAGACAACAAUUGCUCAAAGAACAAGAACGACAAAAGAUUCUUGCUCAGAGAACAAUUCCUCUCCCAGAUGUUGAUUCCAUCGAUGACAAGGGUAAACUUGAACAGAUUUACAAUGAUAUGUUCGAGCGUGUUUGCAAACUCGAAGAGGAGAAAUACGACAUCAACCGCAUUGUUACUCAAGCUGAGUCCGAGAUUAACGAGCUUACCAUUGCCGUUAACGACCUCAGAGGAAAAUUCGUCAAGCCAACAUUGAAGAAGGUUUCCAAGUAUGAGAACAAGUUCAAGGCUGCCAUUAAUAAGGCUGGAAACCAAAGCGAGAAGCAAGACUUCCGUGCCAACCUUAAGGUUGUCAAGAAGGAGAACACCAUCGAAAACAUCAUGAGCAAGACCAAGAAGAACACCGAAAAGCCAGAUUGGUCUAAGAAGCCAGCUACUGAUGAGCCAAAAGAAGAAAAGAAGGAAGAGGAGCCACAAAAGGAGGAAGCCCCAGCUGAGGAGCCAGAGCCAGCUGCUGAGGAAGUAGAAGAAGAGGAAGAGGAGGAGGAAGAGGAGGAAGAGGAAUAA